AUGUCACUUGCUCUGCUGUUUCCGUUUCUGCAGAUGAAGAAUUUGAACGACAUCAUCUACGAUGCAUACUACAACCCAGGAGGAUGCGGCUCUACUCGAAGAAUGCUUGCGUAUGGCAUAAUACACAUCAUCGUCGAAGAGUACGCCAUUUACCCCCUAGAAGGGAUGAACAAGGAAGAUAACAUGACCUACGUCAGCCAGUGUAAACUUCAAAUGGAGGUCGCAGUGAGCCAGCUCGAUAUCUUCAUGGUCGCGAGCUACGAAAACAUCAUGGCUUUGAUGUUAGGCGGCGCAUGGGCUGUUGAGAUGAGCCGACCGUCGCUUACAUCUGUAAUGGUUGGCACAGCGGCAAGGCUCUGCCAGACUUUAGGAUAUCACCGAUACACGACCUAUGCCAACGACACCGAAGAGGACCGGAACAGCAAGCUGCAUAUAUUCUGGAUGAUAUAUAUGUUUGACAAGACCAUGUCGCUUCGGCUAGGUCGGGCAAGUUUCAUCCAGGACUAUGAUAUUUCUCUGCCGUUCUUCGGUGAUAGCCAGCCAUCACCGGGGAGUCCUGACUCGAAGCUGAUGCUCUCAUACUGGUGCAAAGUUGCGCGAGUGCAAGGCCAAACAUAUGAGAAGCUGUUCAGUCCGGCAGCCUUUCUUAGAACUGCAGAAGAACGAACCCAGACAGCAAUCGAACUGGUGAAAGCAAUGAAUCAAGCAUGGUAUGAGCGAGGAGAUGCCCGAGUUUCAGACAUGCCAAAUGGACACUGUAUUUCAGACGUUCAAGACCAGCAUGCAACCACCAACUUCACUGGUCCUAACGAGACAGAGCUGCCAUCGAAGCGCAAGCGCGGUGCGUCGCAAUCGCCUGCUGUCGGCAAGAGCCAGAAGGGUACACUAGCAGAACUGGAGGACGUGUUCUUCUACUCGGACGUCGUUAUGCACUACUCAACCUGCUCGUUGAUACAGAGAGCAGUCAGUCCAGAUAACGUCACCUUCAAUGAUGAAUGCUUGGAAUCAGCCCGGGCGGCUCUUGUGGCCCACAUGCGGUGCAACGACCGGUUUAAUGUUGCUGGAAAUGAAUACCUCUGCUUCAUUGUGAUCGUCUGUAACCUCAUCCAGAACACAGAUUUCACAGAUGUACCAUCUCUCGAGGACUUUGUGAAGAGUCUUGAGGCUUGCCGCUCCCUCUCGGAAGGUGCGGACAAGCUGUACAAGAUGUGCAAUCUUUUCCUCCGAGUUGCAAAACUGUACUUGCAAGCCAAGUCGCAAGAUAAUACUACCUUGUCGCAAACCUUCUCACAGAGCCAGCCAAGCUACUACAAUUCCGCGGAUGGAUCUCAGUUCGACCCCAACUACAUGACAGACUUUGACCCUUAUCUGAGCGCGUUGGGUCUCAUGCCAAAUUCAGCUUGGCCAAUGUCGAACUACGGGACCGCACAAGCAGAAGGCUUCGAAACCUACACACAGAGCCAGAAUGUGGGUGGGGUGACUGGUUUGGAAGUUCCCGGCAUGGGGCUUCCCGGCGGAGGCCAGCACCCGGUCCAAGACUGGUUUUCAGGUUCAAGAUACCUGAUGGGUAGGAUGGAAGCCGGCGAUGAUUUGCAGAUGCCGGAUCUUGAUCUUUGA